UUUUUUUUUUCUCUAUCUCUCUCUCUGUACUCGAUUCUCACACAAGCCCACACCAUAACCUUCGAUUCCACCACCAGCACUCGCCACCGCCGGCCACCUGAACUCUCAUCUGGCGACCAAAUCCCGGCGAACUCACGGGAGCUAGGACGCAACAGCCCCUUUAGGCUAGGCAUCUAUCGAAGAAAUACGAUGCCAGUGGAUGUCCUGUGAAUAUGUCGUUUUCAAGACUUUGUAGAAGAACCUUCCCUUACCUCAAGAAUUUACAGUAUACUUAUCUUGAAUCUAGGUGCACACCUAAUGUUUUAGGGUGGUCGAGUUACAAUUUCAUCCAAGCUAAUACAGGAUAUCGGAGGGGUUUCAAUUAUGAUAUAUGGAGUUUGAAGUUGAGAUGUGAAUUUAGUACAAGGCCAUUUGACAAGUGUAGCCAGUUUUCACCUUUUGGUUCUGGGUAUAUUGGGAAGUCUUGUUCAAACAAUAUACGACGCCACUAUGCUUCUCAAGCUUCCAGGGAACAGAAAUCAAGGAAGAUGCUUUUAUACCUUACAGCUUUGGUUUUUGCAAUGGUCGGAAGUAGUUAUGCUGCUGUUCCUCUGUACAGAAGGUUCUGCCAGGCUACUGGGUAUGGAGGCACUAUUCAGCGCCGUGAGAGUGUUGAAGAAAAGAUAUCUCGGCAUGCUAAAGAUGGAACUGUUGCCACAAGGGAGAUUGUGGUGCAGUUCAAUGCUGAUGUGGCUGAUGGAAUGCCAUGGAAGUUUGUUCCCACACAAAGAGAGGUAAGGGUCAAACCUGGAGAAAGUGCCCUUGCAUUUUACACUGCUGAAAAUCGAAGUUCAACUCCAAUAACCGGUGUGUCUACCUAUAAUGUCACCCCCAUGAAGGCUGGAGUCUACUUCAAUAAGAUACAAUGCUUUUGCUUUGAGGAGCAGCGUCUUCUUCCUGGAGAGCAGAUUGACAUGCCUGUAUUCUUUUAUAUUGAUCCCGAGUUUGAAGAAGAUCCCAGAAUGGAUGGUAUCAAUAACUUAAUUCUAUCCUAUACAUUUUUCAAGGUUUCUGAGGAAUAAAAUGGAAACUGCUACCUGAGAUCAUCCAUGGGAGGAGCUGACUUUUUGUAUUAAAUGAAGAAGAGGGAAAACAAGUGAAAUAAAUUUCAAUUUUUUUUUUUAA